AUGGCAUUAUUAGAAAAGGUUCACAAGACCAUCGUGAGGCUUGGUCUUCUACCCAAGAUGAUACGCGCUCUUCCGAAGAUCUCAUUAUUUUUAACAAUAAUUGGUGUUAUUUGGAUAGCUGUAUUACCAAUGGAGGGUCAAUAUCGUGGUACAUAUAUUUCAGAAAAUGCAUUAAUGCCAUCUCAAGCUUAUAGUUACUUCAGAGAGAGUGAAUGGAAUUUAUUAAGAGGUUACAGAACUCAAUUACAAGAUUUUCAACGUAAUGAUACUGAUUACGAAUCAAAUCUCAAAAUAAUGCAAGGUUGGUUGAAUGAUAUAGGUUACAAAACAGAUAUUCAACAUUCUGCACAAGGUUCUAAUUUAUAUGGUAUUUGGCAUGCUCCUAGAGGUGACGAUACUGAAGCCAUAGUCUUGGGUGCAGCUUACCACAAUUCAGAUGGUAUCUUCAAUCUCGGUGGAUUAAGUAUAACACUAGCAAUGGCUAGAUACUUUCAUAGAUGGGGUGUUUGGUCCAAGAAUAUUAUCAUUGUCAUUCCACAAAAUCCAAAUUCUGCAUUGAGAUCAUGGGUCAACGCCUACCAUAGUACAUUAGAUCUUACUGGUGGGUCUAUUGAAAGUGCAAUAAUGUUGGAUUAUCCAUCAGCUUCUGAUAAUUUUGAUUAUAUUGAAUUAUACUAUGAAGGUAUAAAUGGACAAUUGCCAAACUUGGAUCUUGUGAAUGUCGCUGUCUCUGUUUCUGAACAUGAAGGACCAAGAGUUAGUAUCCAAGGAACUCCUCAAGAUGAAUUAGACAAGAAUGAUUAUUGGUCAAGACUAAGAAUAUUGGGUAGGGGUAUUGUUGAAAUGGCUUUAGCUGGUGUCAGACCUGGCCAUGGUAAUGAAGCAUUUAGUGGAUGGAGAGUCCAAGCUAUAACUUUGAAAGCUAAAGGUGAAUCCGGUCCAUACGAUAUCACCACAUUCGGAAGAAUUCCUGAAGCAUUAUUCAGAUCAGUUAACAACUUGUUGGAAAAAUUUCAUCAAUCUUUCUUCUUCUACUUGUUGUUGGCUCCAAGAAGAUUCGUUUCAAUUGGUACUUAUUUACCAUCAGCAGCGUUGAUCACUGCCAGUUAUGUUGUUAGUUCUUUGGAUAAAGUUUUGAAUAGUGGAUUUGAAACCUCUUAUUUGAUACCAUACGCCAUCCCAGCUGGAGGUGUGAUGUCCAUUGCAAUCUUUGUCGGGCUUGUUAUUUCCCAAUUGAUUCCAUUAUUACCACAAUUAUUUGCCUACAUCUUGAUUGGUGUGUUCAUGUUAUUUUCAGGUGGUUCCUUAUUUUACAAAAUCAAUCUCAAGAAUGAAUUGAAGGUGAUAUUAAGAUCAUUGGCAUUACUUUAUUACAGUACUGUAUUAUCUUCAUUGUUAGUUUUAAAUUUUUCAUUAACGUUUGCAAUUGGUGUUUUGGCUUUACCAUUAACUUUUAUUCAAGAUAGUUUGUCAGAUAAGAGAAUCAUGCUAUGUUUAUUACUUUCUAAUCCUUUUAUCAUCUCAUUAUUCAUUGCACAAGAUUUUGAAAAUGGGUUAAGUGAGCUAUUAUAUGGCUUAACUACUAGCUGGAAAGAACUUAACUGUCAUACAUGGCUAGUUAUUACUAUAGGUUGGUUACCAACUUGGUUGACUAUUGCAUUUACAACAUUGAUUAAAGAUGAUUCAAGAUCUGAAACAGCUGAGAAAAAAACUGAAUAA